GAGGAAUGGCGAAGCGAAAUGCAAGAGGAGUUGGAGCAAGCGAGAAAUCUCUUGGAAAUACAUUGGAGUGAGCACCAUGACGUUCUUUUGCCAAGCUUCAGAUGUGGUAAGCCUUUGCAGAUCCGGCAGGCACUGGACUGUCGCUAUUGUCGCAUGGAAGGAGAGCUGGGACCUGGCGGAGCGCUUUGGGCAGCCGGCGCAAGCUUGGCCACGCUGAUUUCCACAGAGGGUCCGAGAAUGACAUCUAUGGACUUCCAUGCACCCAGGCCUACUGUUUUAGAGCUGGGCUCUGGUACUGGUGCUGCCGGACUGGCAUUUGCAGCGACCGGGGCAAAGGUACUCCUGACUGAUCGCCAGUCCCUGCUCCCGCUCUUGAGGCUCAAUGUGGGCCUGAACAAAGACUUGCUAUCUACUGUUGGCGGAGCAGCCGACAUCGGCGAGUUUGAUUGGCUCUCGCCACCUGAGGAGAUUUUGAGGUUGGGGACAUUUGGGGACGGCUUUUGUUCCUCGCCGAAUUUCAACGGUUGA